AUGGCUCCAGCUCAUAAGAGUCAUAAUUUCCGUCCGGAAAAUGUUUUGAAACGUGCUGAGGAUUUAAUUGCAGUUGGACAAAAAGAAGCAGCAUUAGAUACUUUAUAUGAAUUAAUUACAUCAAAAAGAAUUCGUUAUUUACAAGUUGAAGAUUUAGAACCUAUUGCAAAUUUAUUAAUUGAAUUAGCAGUUGAAUUAAGAAAAGGAAAAUUAGCAAAAGAUGCAUUACAUCAAUAUAAAAAGAAUAUUCAAUUAUCAGAAAAUGGAUUAGAAUCCGUUCAAACUAUAGUUCGUAAAUUCAUUGGAUUAGCUGAGAAAAAAUUAGAUGAAGCUCAAGCUAAAGCAGAUAUUAAAAUAGAUCAAGAUGAAACUGCUGAAGAUGAUUUAGAAACUGCACAAACUCCAGAAACCAUUUUAUUAAGUGCUGUUUCAAAUACUGAUACUGCGGAUAGAACUGAAAGAGAAUUAGUUACUCCAUGGUUAAGAUUCUUAUGGGAAGCAUUAAGAGCUGUCUUAGAUAUUUUAAGGAAUAACUCAAAAUUAGAAGUUACCUAUUCAGCUAUUGUCAAUCAAGCUUUUAAAUUUUGUCUUAAUUUUAAAAGAAAAGCAGAAUUUAGAAGAUUAUGUGAAUUGUUAAGAGUUCAUAUGCAAUCAGUCACCACACAAACUAAAUCAUCAACUAAUAAUGCCAUUGAUUUAUCUGAUACUGAUACUGUUCAACGUUAUUUAGAACAAAGAUUUGCACAAUUAAAUAUCUCAGUUAAAUUAGAAUUAUGGCAAGAAUCAUUCAGAUCUGUUGAUGAUGUUCAUACAUUAAUUACAGCAUCUAAGAAAUCACCAAAACCAAAUAUGAUGGCUAAUUAUUAUGAAAAUUUAGCUAGAAUCUUUGCAGUUUCAGAUAAUUCUUUAUUUCAUGCAGCAGCUUGGAAUAAAUUUUUCAAUUUAUAUUCACAAUCACCAUUAGCUACUGAUGAAGAAUUAAAAAAAUAUGCAUCAGUAUUAGUUUUAUCUACUUUAGCUAUUCCACAAUCAGCUAUUCAUGAUGUUGAUGAACAUAGAACUAAGAACUCAAAAUUAUCAUCAUUAUUAAAUCUAACUCAAGUUCCAUCAAAAGAUGGUUUAAUCAAAUCAAUUGUUUCAAGAGGUAUUUUGAAAUAUGUUGAUGGACCAGUAAAAGCAUUAUUCGAUUUAUUAGAAACCAAUGAAUUCCAUCCAUUAUCAGUUAAAAAGGAAGUUAGUCAAAUUUUCAAAUUAAUUGAAGCUGAUAAUGAUUUAAAAAGAUAUGUACCAACAUUAACAGAAGUUAUAUUAAUUAGAAUUUUUCAACAAGUUUCACAAGUUUAUGAAACUAUUAAAUUAGAUUUUUUAGUUUCAUUAGGAAUAUUUGAAGGUUUAAAUUAUUCAUUAAAUGAAUUACAAGUUGAAGAUUUAAUAGUAAAUGCAGUUAAAGAUGAUUUAAUUUCAUUAAGUAUUGAUCAUGAAGCAGGAGUUGUAUCAUUUAAAUCAAGUCCAUUUGAUGAAGUUUCAAAUUCAUUUGCUAAUAAUUUACAAAUAUCACCUGCAGAAUUAGUUCGUACACAAAUUAGUAAAUUAGCAGCAACAUUAGCUGAAUCUGUUUCAAUUAUUGAUCCAACUUAUGAGUCUCGUAGAAAACAAGCUCAACAAAAUGCUCAACAAGAAGCACUUAAAAAUUUUGCAAAACAACAACAAUCAAUUGCAAAUAGAGCUAAAAUAAUAGAAGAACGUAAAAUUAAAGCAGAAAAAUUAAGACGUGAAGAAGAAGAAUUACAAGCAAGAUUAAAACAAGAAAAAAUUGCAGCUGAACAAAAAGCAGAACAAGAAAGAUUAAUUGCUGAACAAGAACGUAAAAAAUUAGAAAAAUUACAAAGAGAACGUGAACAAAUUGAAGAAAAUGAAAAACGUAAAAUAGCUGAAGAAAUCAAUGCAAAAGGAAUUAUUAAAGUUGAUUUAAAUAAUUUAAAAGAUUUAGAUACUUCUAAAUUAAAAUUAAUGCAAGUUGAACAAUUAAAUAAAGAUAGAAAAGAAUUAGAUGAAAAAUUAAAAAUAACUUCAAGAAAAGCAGAUUAUUUAGAAAGAGCAUUUAGAAAAUAUGAAUUAAAAUUAUUAGAAGAAGAUUCAAAAAAACAAAGAGGUUUAGAAAUUAAUAAUUAUGAAACUUCAAAACAAGCUAAAUUACAAAAAUCUAAAAAGGAAUUUGAUGAUUCAAUUGCAUUAAAAACACGUUUACAACGUAUAAUACCAGAUUAUAAUAUUUUAAAAGAACAAAUUGAUGCUAAAAAUGAAGUUAAAUUAGCUAAAUUAAAAGAAGAAGCUCAAAUUAAAUUUGAAAAAGCAAAACAAGAAAGAAUUGAAAAAGUUAAAAGACAAAGAAUUGAAGAAUUAAAAAUUAGAAAAGAAAGAGAAAGAAAAGCUCAAGCAGAAGAAGCAGCAAGAAAAGCUCAAGCUCUUGAACAUGCUAAAUUAAAAGAAGAAUUAAGAAAACAAAGAGAAAAAGAUGAAGAAAUUCAAAGAAAAAGAGAUGAAAUUGCUGCUCAAGCAGCUGCAGAAGCAGCUGCAGAGGAAAAAGCUCCAAAAGUAAUGUCAUUCUCUGAAAGAAUGAAAUUAAAAAGAGCAGGAAAAUUACCAUAA